AAUGAAGGCAAUGUGUCCAUUACUGAGAAGAGAUAGUUUUAGUGAAGAAGAGCAGCUAUAUUAACACAGUGAGUGUGAUUAAGUUGAAUUUUAGCUAACCGAUCACUGGUGUUAAGCUGAGGCUGACACCGAUCCUAAUACAUUAGCAAAGAAAUGUCCAACUAUAAAAAAGAAAAAGCAAGGCCGAUAUAAGAAUGUGCCAUAUACCUUUGGUAGACAUUUUAGAAAUUGGAUUGAAACCGAAGUAGGACCCAUAUAAUGUCCAGUGGUUUAAAAAUUCAUUUCUAAACGUAAAUAAAAUCCUAGGUAUCAUGACAGUUUUAAAGAUUUUAAUGAUCUAUUACAACACUCAGGUAUAGGUAGAUAACUAGGUAAACUUUUCUUUGGAUAGAAGAAAUGGGUGUAAUAACUCUUAAAUAAUGAAAGAGUUGAUGGAUUUUAAAUUUAUUUUGAAGUUGAAAGAUCUUAUUAUGAAGCUGCUAAAAAAGGAACUAAAAUCACUGAACAAAAGGUGAGAAAUAUUUGAU